AUGUUUACUCCCUGUAGAGGUAACAGUGGUCUGACUACUCAUGCUACUGCAGGCAUACAAGGCAGUCCAAUUCUGGAGGAACGACCCACCAGAACCCUCCUUUCUUUUUGUCUCCUUCCAUUUCCAGUUCUGCAAGCUGCAAAGUGCAGGUUAACUCUGCUGGCCGGCCGUCCGAUAGAACGAAACGAAACGCCACCUCUUAUUGUCAAUCACUGUUUAAUCCAGCGCCCAUCCCGUCUCUUCUCUGCACAGAAGUUCUUUUUCCUGUUCAGACACUCAUCAAAUGUCGACCCUCGCACCACGGCUCUACACCACCACUCUGUUCUGCGCCUAGUAGCCCUUAGACCACACCUCCCUAAAACCCUUCCUCCAAAGCUUGAUUUUCAGUUGCCAUGCUUGGGUUUGCUAGCACUAAGAAAGCCAAUCCAGUUGGGCGCCAUUUGGGCUCAAUGA